GGUGCCAAAGGUAAGCUACGUCGGGUGCGUGUCCUCCGCCUGGACACCCGAAAUGAGCAGCCAUGACAUUUGCCUGCUUCUCGGAGCGACUGGCGUCGGAAAAACGUUGUUGAUGAAACGUCUACAGAAGCUUAGUUUGCAUGGACUAGGUGAACUGGGGGAACCUCCUUCUACUCUUCCUACAGUAGGAACCAACCUCACAGACCUGAAACUGAAGAAGAAAAAGAUGACACUAAGAGAGCUGGGAGGCUGCAUGGGCCCGAUAUGGCCAAGUUACUUCAAAGACUGCUCCUCUGUCAUUUUCAUAGUGGACUCAUCCAACAUUGCUCAGGUAUCCUCGUCCUGCAUCCAGCUGCUGUCAGUACUCUCCGCACAGCCUCUGCACAGUGCCUCUGUGCUUAUUCUGUUCAACAAGAGUGACAUGCCAUGCACUAUGAGUCUCAUAGAGAUAAAAUCACUGUUUAGAAUGGAUGACAUCAUUGCAUCCGCUACUCAGCCAAUCACAAUACUGGAAGUCAGCGCCCGCACUGGACAUGGACUUCAGGAGGUGCUGAGCUGGCUGGAGUCCAUCCUAGUCAAGUGAUCAUGGGUGUGUGUGGUUCUACUCUCACAUGACUUUGGAUGAUGACUUCAAGCCUUUUGGCAAGCAAUGUCACUGAGUAUCUCCUCAGUGCGCAAAGACUGUUUUUUUUAUAGUAUUUAAUGAUGUGUUUAGUGGUGGACCCACUGAAAAGCUAUUGCUGUAUUUUUGUUACCAUAUACAUAUGAUGCCUGUUAAUAACGGUAAAUAGGGAAAGAGUUAUAAUUGUGAUAUCGUUGCAGGAGUGAAUGUCUCUAUGUUUGACCAUUUUUACCAUUUGUUAAAUCAACACUGUUGAUCCUACCUCACGCAAAGUAUUAUUUAUAUUGGUUACUUUUACUAAUUCAAUUCUGCACAGAUUAACAACGAACUGCUCGGAUUCAUGACUGGCAACAUAGUGAUCCUCAUGCUCCUCUAAGACAAAAUAAGCUCUUACACAUGUUUUAAUUACUAGUUCAAUGUGAGAAACACAUGAGAGUGAUUACUGCAAGUGAUGCAGCAUAGUGGUAAUGAUCACGACCAGCAGGGGGCA